AUGGCUCGGAAUGGUGACACAGAUCAGCACAUAAAGCGGCAGCUGCACGAAACCAACGGAACCGUAGUGCAGGAAGAACCCGAUUCUGAGAACGAAUGGGCCAUCUUGGAGCGGGUAUUCCGGUUACUGGCCGACGAGGGUUACGUCGGUUCGACUACGCCAGAGCGGCCAAUAGUGAAAUUUGAAUAUCCGCACGAUUUGAAGAAAUUGAUCCAUUUCCCGAUGGAUGAACUGACCCCGACCAGCCCGGCCACGCUUGAGACGAUCAUCCGUCAGGUGUUGCGUUAUUCCGUGCGCACCGGGCAUCCUCACUUCCACAAUCAACUGUUCGCUGGGGUCGACCCGUACGGCCUGACCGGGAGCUGGAUAACGGAGGCUCUUAACACCAGUCAGUACACUUUCGAAGUCGGACCAACCUUCACGUUGAUCGAGGAUGCGGUGAUCGAGAAAUGCCUGCGGCUGUUUGAUUUCGGACAAGGCGACGGUAUCCUUUGUCCGGGCGGUUCCAUGUCCAACAUGUACGCGAUCGUUGCGGCGCGCUAUCGAGCGGUUCCGGAUGUGAAAAGGACUGGUUUGGUCAAUCUUGCGGCUCCAUUAGUGGUGUUCACUUCCGAGGAAGCACACUAUAGCAUCACCAAAGCGGUGCAUUGGCUGGGAAUUGGACUGGAUAAUUUGGUGAAGGUGAAGAGUGACCACCGAGGCCGUAUGAUCCCGAGUGAGCUCGAAAAUGCGAUCGUUUCGGUACGUGCAUCCGGCCGAAAGCCGUUUUUCGUCAAUGCCACGGCCGGUACGACAGUGCUGGGAGCGUUUGAUGAAUUUCAUCCCAUCGCCGACAUUUGCCAGCGGCAUGGCUUAUGGCUGCACGUGGAUGCUUGCCUGGGUGGUACGGCCAUUCUAUCUCGUCGGCAUAAGUCUCUCCUCAGUGGCGUUAACCGCGCGCAAUCGUUGGCCUGGAACCCACACAAAACGCUGGGCGCACCCCUGCAGUGUUCGGUGUUACUUAUCAAGGAGCGGGGUUUGCUGCACGAGUGUAACGCCGCCAAUGCCGAUUACCUCUUCCAACAGGACAAAUUCUACGAUAUCUCGUAUGACACCGGCGACAAAAGCGUGCAGUGUGGCCGGAAAGUGGACGCGUUCAAAUUUUGGCUCAUGUACAAGGCUCGAGGUUCAGCCGGACUAGAGGCCAUUGUUGACAACGCCUUCGACUGUGCACAUGCACUUUAUGAGCAGCUGAGCACCAGAUCUGGUUUCCGGUUGGUGCUGGAAGAGUACCAGUACACGAACAUCAGUUUCUGGUACGUGCCAACGUGGAUGAGAGUCGACGCACGGGAACAGGAAACAGUCGAAUGGUGGCAACGUCUGUACCGCGUGACAGCCGACAUCAAGGAACUGCUAGUGAAACGUGGUACUGUGCUUGUUUGUUACGUACCGCUUCUCCACAAAGGGAUUGGAAAUUUCUUCCGAAUGGUCGUGACUUGUCACCCACGUCCAACACAUGCUUCGAUGCAGUUCAUCGUCGAUGAGAUCGAACGGGUCGGUGAGCAGCUAACAACAGCUAAAGAACCUCUCAAGGUGUAA